AGCACCCCAAUGCUGACGUGCGUGAAUUUGCUUGCGCCAACAUUUCCAAGAUGUUGCAACAACAACAAACAAUCCCGGCUUUUGUGCAAAGAGACGUGGUUCGGCGACUGGGUCCGCUGCUGCUUGAUCCAAGCCUUGUGGUUCGGGAGACGGCGGCGGGAGCUCUUCGAAAUCUCAGUGCCUGUGGAGGAUUUGAAGUUUGCAAUGAUAUGGUCACUAAAGACAUCAUGACUCCUCUUGUAGCUUUAUUGAAGGAGUGCCGGGCAGGACUUACCGAAAACGAUGUUUCCCUGAAGGAAGACAAGCAAGCAGAGAAGAACCAUACCGAGGACAUUGCUAAUGAAGCAGUGAACCUGCUGUGGAAUGUCUGUGAAUGCAACAGUACGGCAGUAACGGUAUUCAACAAAGAAGGAUGCUUAGAUGUUAUUCUCCAAUAUCUGAAGAGAUUUCCUACAAAUGUAGACCUGGCUAUCGCUGUGGCAUCCUGUUUGCAGACGGUGACGGAAGAUAACCCGGAUCUGCUUUGGUCUUUCGAUGCAUCUGCGCAUCAGGCACUGGAAAUGGUCAUGUUAUCAUCGGACAAAGACAUGGAGCACAUCCUUUUACGGACACUGGUGGCAGGGGUAAUAUGGAAUGUAAAGAGCACCGUGCCUUCCAGUAGCCAGGCGGGAACCAUCAAUGCCAUCCUGAAGAUUUUCUCUGACUGUUUAGAGGUAGACGCUGGUGAGACAGUCAUUCAGAUGAAGGAAGCUGAAACAGAAAGGUUGAAAACGUCUGCUGAAGGAAACGGGGUUGAUGGAGGUAACUCAGUACGGGUAGAAGAUGAUGGCAUGGAAGAGGAAACUGGAGGAAUCACCCAAGGGGAAAAGGACAUGUUGGAUCUACUCCCAUGCAGCCAGCAGGAGCUGAAGCAAGUGAGCGCAUUACUUCUGGCUCAGCAAACCACCCUGGAAAUCAUUGUCAAUAUGUGCUGCAAUGAAGACGCCUCGGAUGAAGAGUGGGAAGAGUUGUCGAGUAGCGAUGAAAGCGAUGCCUUUCUCGACAACAGUUAUGAGGAAGAUGGAAAGCUGCUUUCUCCACUGUGCCUUUCAGCUGAAAUUCACACCGCCCUUGUCCACCACUUAAUCCCAAAGAAGAUCCUGGACAAAACUGCUUUUCCUAGCAGGGCUACUGUUGACGUCUGUGUGCAGCACCCAUCUUGGAAGCCUCUGAUUAAAAAGUUGAACAUGAUCCAGUACAGAGCACUGACCUGUCUUCACAGCAUCUUGCUGGUGUCGGACGUGGAUAGCCUCGGGGGACCUUUGGUGCUUCAGUCCCUGUCACAGCACUUGUCGCAGUUAAUUUUUUCUCAGCCAGAAUUUUCAAAAGAAGUAGAGUUUCUGGAAGCUGUCACCAGUGCGUUGCGAGCUCUUCUGCAAAUGUUGGCAUCAAAUAAUAUACCUCAAUGCAUGACUCCGGAGCAGUUGAUGACUCUGUGUGACACCGGUAUCCAGAGCAAAAAUGUCAGUGUCCGAGUCAACGUCGUUAGCAUUUUAGGAAUCGCUGGGAGCGUGCUUGCAAAAGUGGAAAAUACCACCGAAACGCUAAAGAAUAUUGGGAAGUUCCUGCUCAACGUUGCGACAAAAGAUCCUUCCCUCGUGGUGGUCGGAGAAGCGCUGGACGCCCUCUUUGACGUUUUUGCUGAUGGCAAAGAAGCGGAAAGUGCAGCAGAGGAAAUAAAAUUGCUUUAUGCGCUUAAGGAAUUCCAGCCCGUUUUCAAGUCACGGAUGCGAAAGGAGGGCAGAGGACAGUACAACACCGAGCAGCUGUGCGUUCUAGACAACGUGAAGCUGAAUUUAAGAAGAUUUAUUGCCUAUCAAGAGACGUUGGACGGAAAGAAAAAAGUCGGGUAACAAAACUGCGAGAAAACAGCCAAGCUCGGAGAACCCCAAGGACUCUACAGUUCAACCCGGAGCUACAUACAUUCUUUUCUAGGGGGAAAAAAAUGUUUUGGAAUAGAAACAGGAUGGAAAGUUCUAUUUUUAAUAUGGUUUAUUAAAUAUUUUAAUCAUGAAUUCUAUAAGAACUUGCAGUAACAGCUAUUAGGAAAGAAGGGUGAUGGUCUGCUUUUCAUAUUAUAUUUGUUAUAUUGAAGGGAAAAACGGAGGGGCAGAAAAAAGCACUGAAAUGGAUUUAGCCCCAGAAAGUGUCAAAAUGUGUCCUUAAUGUUAAGGAAUAUUUUGAGUUCCUGGAUGCUCUAGGUCAGGGUGGUUUCAUUUAGAAAAAGAAUGAGCAAAAAAAUCCAAAAUAAAGAAUUGGUCUCCCUGAUGGUGGC